AUGGAUGAGAAGCAGCAACUCAUCGGGUCGCUCCCGGUCGUAAACGAUAUCUCCGAACAGCGUGCACAAGCAAAGAAGAACUCUCGUUGGGGAACCAUCAAGCUCGUUACAGCAUGUGCAGCUCUGGUUGCUUUGCUCCAUUGGGCUUUUGUCCUUCCUCAAUUGCCGCUAAAGCAUCAUGGAAAGCAUGGCAAGCACCACCACCAGAAAUCGCAAUGCACUCAGGUUGAACCUCUUGUGCCUAGUCAGCAAAGCGAUGAAUUGGUCAACAUGGAUGCCUACCUCAAGUCUCCUGCUUUCCAGAACGCCUCGAUUCAGCGUCUUUCAGGCGCCGUCCAAAUCGACACACAGUCGUUUGAUGAUCUGGGCAAGGUCGGCGAGGACAAGAGGUGGGAGGUUUUCUUCCCCUUCCAUGAGUUCUUGGAGAAGACUUUCCCUUUGGUUUACGAGCAUCUCAAGGUUGAGAAGGUCAACACCCACGGCCUUGUCUACACUUGGCAGGGUUCGGAUGCUAGCCUGAAGCCUACGCUGCUUAUGGCUCACCAGGAUACCGUUCCUGUACCUGACGCAACUCUUGAUGCUUGGACUCACCCUCCAUGGUCUGGUUUCUUUGACGGCAAGAAUAUCUGGGGUCGUGGCUCAUCCGACUGUAAGAACCAACUUAUCGCUAUCCUCGAGUCUGUUGAAUUGCUGCUCGAUGCUGGCUUCACUCCUGCUAGAACCGUUCUUCUUUCUUUUGGCUUCGACGAGGAGAUUAGCGGUGGCCAAGGUGCAGGCACUCUCGCUCCCUUCAUUCUCGAACGCUAUGGUCCCGACUCACUUGCUGUCAUCGUCGAUGAGGGUGCUGGUAUUGACGACGUUUGGGGCGUUACCAUGGCCACUCCUGGCGUCGCUGAGAAGGGCUACACGGAUGUCGUUAUCACUAUCCGCAUGCCUGGCGGUCACUCUUCUAUUCCUCCAGACCACACUGCCAUUGGUGUCAUGAGUGAGCUCAUCACUCUGAUUGAGGCAGACAAAUACCCCCUCCGUCUUGAUGGCAAGAACCCUUACCUUGGCCAGCUCUACUGUGGAGCUGAGCAUGGCAAAGAUUUCCCUAAGAAGCUCGGCAAGCUACUUGACAAGGCUCAAGGACAAUGCAAGGCAAAGCCUGACCAUCUCGCAUUUGAGGCUGCCAAAGCAGGUCCUGCCAUUCAAUACCUCAUGCAGACCUCUAUCGCUGUUGAUGUGAUUGGUGGAGGUGUCAAAGUAAAUGCUCUUCCUGAACGUGUUCAGGCCAUUGUUAACCACAGAAUUAACGUUGGAGAGCACCCCGCCGAUGCUCACAACAAGAUUGCCGGUCUUGCCAAGGGCGUUGCAAAGAAGUACGGCCUUUCUCUGCACGCUUUCGACAACACUACUGAGACUCCUUCUUCCAUUUCGCUUACUGCUUUCGAGCGUGUUCUUGAGCCUGCUCCUGUCACACCCACCUCGGUCGAUGGCGAGACUGCCUACAGCGUUCUGUCUGGUUCGAUUCGUGCUCUGUACGGCAGCGAAGUCAUUGUCGCCCCUGGUAUUAUGACUGGGAAUACCGAUACCAAAUACUACUGGAAGCUUUCUCGCAACAUUUUCCGUUUCGCUCCUGGAUACGACGGUGAGUCGAGUGGUCUGGGCAACAUUCACACUGUUGAUGAGAGAGUUUCUAUCAAGAACCACGUCAACACUGUCAAGUGGUUCUCCCUGUUCAUUCGCAACAUGGAUGAGGCCAAGCUUGAAUAA